AUGUGGUGGGGAGUUCUCAGUCUGCUGUCUUGGUUCCCCUUACAAGAGGCCUUCCUGACUAACCACAUGGAAACCAUCACCGUGGAGGAAGGACAGACGCUCACUCUACACUGUGUCACUUCCCUGACAAAGAAUGCCUCCAUCCAGUGGCUGGCACCUUCAGGCUUCACCAUUUUUUUAAAUGAGCAUCCUGCUUUUAAAAAUUCCAAAUACCAGCUUCUUCAUCACUCAGCCACACAACUCUCCAUCAACGUGCCCAAUGUAACUUUGCAAGAUGAAGGCGUGUACAGGUGUUUUCAUUACAGUGACUCCGUGAGCACAAAGGAAGUGAAGGUGAUUGUGCUAGCAACUCCUCUCAAGCCAAUCGUGGAAGCUUCAGUUAUCAGAAGGCUGAAUGGAGAAGACCAUGUGGUACUCAAAUGCUCCACCCAGAGAAGCAAGCCUCCUCCACAGAUAACCUGGCUACUGGGGAAUGGACUAGAGAUCUCUGGUGGAACCCACCAUGAAUUUGAAACUGAUGGGAAAAAAUGUAAUACCACCAGCACAGUCAUGGUGCACACAUACGGCAAAAACUCAACCGUGUACUGCAUUAUCCGACACAAGGGCCUCCAUGGGAAAAAACUGGUCGCGCCUUUCCAGUUUAAAGACUUGGUUGCUGACCAAGAGACAGCAUCAGAGGCCCCCGAGAACAGCUCCUUCUCCUCUCAAGAUCCCCAACAGACCACAAGUACUGUCUCAGUAAUGGAAAAUUCCAGUAUACCAGAGACCGACAAGGGAGAGAAAGAAUCAAUCACUAAAGACCCUGACUUCACCAUUGAAGUAAGUCCUCAGUAUAAAGGAUUAGCAAGGGAGAAAAGUGGCACCCUGCUGCUCACACUGGUGUCCUUCCUCAUCUUCAUCCUCUUCAUCAUAGUCCAGCUCUUCAUAAUGAAGUUGCGGAGAGCACAUGUGAUAUGGAAAAAAGACAAUGAAAUUUCAGAACACACCCUAGAAAGUUACAGAUCAAGGUCAAAUAAUGAAGAAACAUCUUCCCAAGAGAAAGAUGGCCAAACUUCCCACUCUAACCGUUGCAUGAACUAUAUCACACGGUUGUACUCAGAAGCAAAAAGCAAGAGGAAGGAGAAGGUACAACAUUUGAAACUAGAAAGAAAACACAGACAUGUCCCGGAGAGCAUUGUGUAG